CUGCAAGUAGACGGGAGUGAAACCAUCGACGCCCUUAAACAAAAAAUCCAAGAUAAAGAAGGCAUUCACCCUGACCAACAACGUCUUAUUUUUGGAGGCGAACAAUUGGAAGACGAACGCACUAUAGCAGAUUACUACAUCAAAAACGAGUCCACCGUGCAUCUUGUCCUCAAAAUACGUGAACUAGUAUCAGUACAGAAUGGAGCAGCAUCAACUAUAACAAGGUCUUUACCAGGUCAAAUCUAUGUGAAAACACUUACCGGAAAAACCAUAAAGCUGCAAGUAGACGGGAGUGAAACCAUCGACGCCCUUAAACAAAAAAUCCAAGAUAAAGAAGGCAUUCCCCCUGAACAACAACGUCUUAUUUUUGGAAGCAUGCAAUUGGAAGACGGACGCACCAUAUCAGAUUACUACAUCCAAAACGAGUCCAUCGUGCAUCUUGUCCUCAGACUACGUGGUGGGAUGUUUCAAGAAACCAGUGGCCGCAAAGAAUUUGAUGCAUUGCCACCACUCACGCAAUACAUACAAACACCUGAAGAACGUACACAAGAUGGAGUUCAUGCUGGUAUUGCUUGUGAUUAUUGUGGUAAAGGUGAAUGGAAAGGAGCAAGAUAUAAAUGUUCAGAAUGCCCUGAUUAUGAUCUGUGUUGCAAUUGUAUCACAAUGUCCAACUUACUUCAUAAUGUUAAACAUCGUUUUCUGAAAAUUUUGAAUCCCUUAGAUCCAAAGGGUAUUUCAGAAAAUAUCUCUGAUGCCUCUGUUAUUAUCUCUCCAAUACUCCCAACCACAAAAGAGGAGAUGUUAGCCUUGCUACGUAAGGAAGAACAACAAAGAUUAUCACCUGAAAUACAAAAACAAUAUUAUAAUGUUGGAAAUGACCCCGCAUUUGGCAUGGACUGGAUGGAUGUCACUGACCAGAUGCAGUAUAAGUUAGUUCGAGAAUCGGGUUACUCGGAUGAGGCUGUCCAAUUAUUACGGCGUGCUCCACAGCUUUAUCAAGACGAUCCUGCAUUUCAUACCACUCAAUUAUAUGUUCGUAACAACAUUGCUCGUAUUGGAGAUCUCACCGAAGGAAUGCUAGCACCCAAUUGUCUACUUGUUCCUCUAGAGUCUUCAGCACCUACAAUAGAAAUUAGCAACACUAUUUCACCGACCACAAUUUCCUUGCACUCACUUUGUCGACCAGGACGACCCCUCGUUCUUCUUGGUGGAUCGUAUACUUGUCCUCUAUUUCGAUACAUAUCUCAUGUACUCAAUGACAUAUAUAAGCGAUAUCAAACACACAUAGAUUUCCACAUGAUUCAAAUUCGAGAAGCACAUGCUAGCGAUGUUUGGCCUAUUGGUAAUAUCGUAGAUGUUAAGGAGCACCGUACGUUAGCCGAUCGUUUAGCUGCUGCGCAUGAAAUGGUCAGAGCAACUCGGUUAGAGAUCCCUGUGUUGGCAGACACUAUGGAUGACACUUUCCUAAAGUUGUACGCACCGUGGCCGUUUCGUUUUUUUGUCGUUGUAGAUGGUAUUUUGAAACUCGUUGGAAUGCCAAAAGAAGCACGUUACGAUACAACAGACUUAGUUGGGUGCUUAGAUGCUCUUUUGGACGACAACAAAAGAAAAGAAAAUUAG